AUGGAAGAAAGUCGGCUUCUCGAAAGAGAAACGGAGCUCGUAACUAUUAAUGAUUCGCCCCUGAGCACCCCGAAACGAAAGCGGGAUGCAAGUAAGGCAGAAAGGUCCUCAAUUCGAAAAUCGAAGAAGAGGGAGAAACGACUGGUUAUCCGCACCGUCGACAAUGCACCAGCUGAGAGUGAUGAGGCAGCAGCUGAAGUUGAAGUCCCUGAUCUGAACGAUGAUGCAAUUGAAAUUGACUCGCCAGCCGAAGCCGAAAUGGCUGAAAGAACAAAAGGGAAUCACGCAAUGCAUGUCCCCAGUGCGGAGGACCCCACUGGAAUAAAUACUGCAAAGGGAAGGGAAAAUCCACUCCGAAGAAGCCAGCAGUUGGUAAAGUCGGGAAACUCGGGGGAUAUCGAAAAACAAAGCGAAGCGAGAUGGUACGAGAACCUCGACGAGGUGAAUGAGAUUGUGGGGAAGCAAAUAACCUACCCCAAGGAGUUAGGUCUGAAAAGGGACGAGACACAGGAGAACCUUCACCAUGUGGGGGAUGGUCCUAAAGCUUUCUUCCUGUCCAGCGCAGGGGCCUACACAGACUUGGAGAUCCAGGAAAUGGUGGAGAAGAAGGUCACUGACCAAAAUUACUGGAUGGACAAGAAGAAGCUGGGUCGGGUAAAAACCCAGAAACGAUUGCUGAUGUUUGAGAUAAGCCAAGGGCUAUAUUCGUUUGAGUUAGGGAGCGGGGCGCGUUCCUUAAACAGAGAAGUCCUAGUAUCACGUAAAAAUCAAUCUAACACUAAAUUAAAGCCUCGGGGCCAUUCAAAAGAAGAGGAACUUUUGCUAGCAGGUCCUUGUCCUGCCCCUGGUCCAUCUCCCAAAAAUCAAAGCCUGAUCCCACCCACUGCCACGAGCAAUGAGUUCUGGAUCGAAAAGACCCGCUGCAAGGCAACGAAAGAAGAGGACAGGCUCGAAACCGCCGAGCAAAGCCGCGACAUUGACAUAGUCGUGGCAUCAGAAGGCUCGGAGGCGGAGGAAUCAACCAAAGGGAGGGGCAAGGUACCAUUGGUGUCAGAUAGCAAAAGAUCCCAAAUGUGA